AUGCUUGAGCUUGACUCAUGCGCUCCUUGUGCCACACACUUUGGAUCCUCGAAAUCGUCAUUGUCCACCGAUGAUGGUCUGUUUCAGGAUAUCACUCUCUAUCGCAGUAUGGUUGGUGGUCUUCAAUAUCUCACUCUCACUCGGCCUGACAUUGCUUUUGCUGUGAAUCAAGUUACUCAAAGAUGGUCUGCUCCCACUCAUCGCUACCUUAAGGGUAUUCUAUUAUGUGGUCUCACUUUUCAUCGUGACCUUGGUCUUCAUCUACUAGCCUAUUCUAAUGCUGAUGGGCGAUUGAUGUCGCCACCUGUAGCUCUAUCACUAGCGAUUGUGUUUUUCUUGGUCGCAAUUUGA